ACUUGGGCUUGAGCCUAGGGGGUGCUCCUGAAGCAGGGAACAAAGUUGAGAAGCAUUUCAGUUUGUCAGGGUUAUUGGUUCCUUAGUCCAUGCCUAAUCAUUUAGGAAACCUAAUCUUUUAUAUCAACGAAAAGGAAAGAAAAGAAAAAAAAGAAACCCUAUCUUCAGCAAAUAUAGUGGGACAGAAGCAUAGAGUGUUUGGCUCAUUGGAAACACUUCGCUGGAAUAUCUUCAGCAAAUAUAAGUUUUAUUCUGCUGGGAUUCUGGCAAUCAAUGUCUGGAGGGCAAUUUUCAAUUUGCUUACUGUGAGAAAAUGGUGGAAGGUGGUGUCGUGAAAGCCGAUACGACAGAGUUCAGCGAGUGCUGGAAGACGACAUGGAGGACUCCUUACAUCAUGCGGCUUGCUCUUUCGGCCGGAAUUGGAGGGCUCCUGUUUGGUUAUGAUACAGGAGUUAUUUCUGGUGCACUGCUUUAUAUCCGGGAGGAUUUCCAAGAAGUUGACAGGAAAACAUGGCUACAGGAAGUCAUCGUGAGUAUGGCUGUAGCAGGUGCCAUUUUUGGUGCCGCAUUUGGAGGAUGGAUGAACGACAGGUUCGGGAGGAAACUGUCAAUCCUGGUUGCCGAUGCUCUAUUCUUCGUAGGUGCCAUAGUCAUGGCUCUCGCCCCAGCUCCAUGGAUGAUUAUCCUUGGAAGAAUCUUUGUUGGUUUAGGAGUCGGAAUGGCUUCAAUGACUGCACCUCUUUAUAUUUCAGAAGCUUCCCCUGCUAGAAUUCGAGGUGCACUUGUUAGCACAAACGGUCUGUUAAUCACAGGAGGGCAAUUUCUCUCUUACCUUAUCAAUUUGGCCUUCACCAAGGCUCCUGGAACCUGGCGUUGGAUGCUUGGAGUAGCAGGGGCCCCGGCUGUGGUUCAAUUUGUCUUGAUGUUGUCACUUCCUGAGUCUCCUAGAUGGCUUUACAGACGGGAUAAAGUAGAAGAGGCCAGGUCCAUCCUAGAGAAGAUUUAUCCUGCUAAUGAAGUUGAAGAUGAAUUAAAGGCCUUGAAACUCUCUGUUGAUGCAGAAAAGGCUGAUGAGCAGGCCAUUGGGGACAAUUUUAUAGCAAAGUUGAAAGGGGCUUUAGGCAAUGCUGUUGUCCGAAGGGGACUCUAUGCUGGGGUGACUGUUCAGGUGGCACAGCAGUUUUCGGGCAUCAACACUGUCAUGUACUACAGCCCAACAAUAGUCCAGUUCGCUGGAUUUGCUUCAAACAAGACAGCAAUGGCGCUUUCUCUGGUCACUUCUGGUCUCAAUGCUGUCGGCUCUAUUGUCAGUAUGGCUUUCGUCGACAGAUAUGGCAGGAGGAGACUCAUGAUCGUCUCCAUGUUUGGUAUCAUCUCUUGCCUCGUGGUGUUAUCGGUUGUGUUCUUUCAAGCUGCCAGCCAUGCCCCCAAAAUCAACCAAUUUGAUUCCACCCACUUUGCUACAAAUGCUACAUGUCCAAGUUACCUUUCAGCUCCCAAUCCAUCAUCAUGGAACUGCAUGUCUUGCUUGAAAGCUGAUUGUGGCUUUUGCGCCAAUGGAGCAAAUGAGUAUUCUCCGGGAGCAUGCUUGGCAAUGACCACAGAUCUAGAGAAUUCAUGCCAGGGAAAACAUCGUACUUGGUUCAAGGAUGGUUGCCCGAGCAAAUUUGGGUUCUUGGCUGUAGUUUUCCUAGGAUUGUAUAUCAUCACCUACUCACCUGGAAUGGGAACAGUGCCAUGGAUUGUGAACUCUGAGAUUUACCCACUUAAGUACAGAGGUUUUGGUGGAGGGGUGGCUGCAGUUUUUAACUGGGUCUGCAAUCUCAUUGUUAGCUUAACAUUCUUAACCCUGACAAAAGCUCUUGGUUCCUCUGGCACAUUCCUCCUCUUUGCUGGGUAUUGUGUCAUUGGACUGAUUUUCAUCUACUGGUUUGUACCUGAAACCAAAGGUCUGCAAUUUGAGGAGGUUGAGAAGAUGCUGGAGUCUGGUUAUAAGCCAGAAGCAUUCAGGAGGAAGUCCAAGAGUGACAAACAGUCUCCCUAAGCGCAUGUGUUCUUCUGUUGGCAAGUGAUUCAGUAUGUGUUGUUCUUCAAUAAAAUGUAAAAAAUCCGGAGUUAAUUUUAUUUGCCGUUGUUGGCUUCGUGGGUGAGCAUCAUAGAAGAAAUUGAAAUGAAAAUCCAUUCCUCACAAAAUAGAGAAAUCUUCAACUUUAA